CAAAAAAUGUUCAAAUUUGUGUCGUUUCUCUUUUUGUCUCACGUGAGCGCCGCUCAUCCACGUGGCCACUUGCAAACGCUUGGUUCUCAUCAGCCAUCAGAAGGACACAUUGACGUAUUGGACGGAUCCAAUGAGUUGCCACGCCCACGCGACUUCUACUAUCAGUAUGUGCUGCCACAGCGACCAGUUGUGAUCAGACAUGCUAUCAUGUCCACUCCACCACUCACAACAUGGACUGAUAAAUAUCUAUCAGAGCAAUACGGGGAUGUAGAAAUUGGUAUUGAAACUCUUAAGAAAGAAGAUCGCAACCAACCUGGUAAAGUAAUUACUUUACGAGAAUUUUUGCAGAAAUAUCAGAGUGAAGAGAUCUACAUGGUUGAUAGUUUGCCCAAGCAGUUGCAGAAGGAAUGGAUGGUUCCUCGAUUUUUGCUUUGUGGUGGAUACACGGAGAACAUUCAUACACUAUACACCUGGCUAAGCAGCGGUGGAACGUCAUCAGUCCUACAUGUUGAUAUGUUUGAGAAUUUGCAUUGCGUCGUCCAUGGAUCCAAGAAAUUUGUCAUCAUUGACCAUCAAUAUCUCGAAAGCAUUAGAAUGGACAACAAAGAGAGUGGCUACUUUGAAAUGGAUGUUGACAGAGUUGAUCUCGAGAAAUUUCCCGGUCUAGUGGGUGUGCCAUGGUAUGAGGCUACAGUAUACAGAGGUGACUGUCUCUACUUGCCUUUCAUGUGGCUUCAUCAGGUUCGAUCAUAUGCUGGUGACGAAAACAAAAACAUGGCUGUCAAUCUGUGGUGGCAUCCUUUCAAAUUUAAUGAAAGCGAUUGCAUCAAGCGACCCAAUAUUCCACAGUUUCUCAGUUUUGAUCACUUUACCCCACGGCCGGCUCUUUCAAUAAAGACUAUACUCAAACAAACAGCUCAAACCGAUGGAUACAUUUACCUCUCAGAUUUUAAGGAUUUGGUCAAAGAGCGAAUGAGCAACUUACCAGAGGAAGUCGUAAAUCAGCUAUUUCAAUACGUUGACGUUGGCAAUGAAGGUCGUGCAUCUGCAGAAUACCUCGACACACUGAACUACAGCGUCUUCGAACAAAUGAUGCAAAUAGUGACUGAAAGCGAACAGAACAGUAUGAACGACGAAAACACAGACGAAACCACCGACAUCGAUGACGAACAUCCGGACACACAGAAAGACGAAUUGUGA